ACUCCGUCUGCCAGAAAGAGGGAGAUCUCCUAAUGACCAACCAUUUUAACGUUGUGGUUCUUCCUCCCCUCCUCCCACUUUCUUACUCUGACUGCGCAUCUUUUUUUCCCAAUCCUCAUGAAGGGUCUCGGCCUGAAACGUCGACUACACACUUUUCCAUCGUGGAGUUCCUCCAGUAUUUUGUUGACUAUAUUACUCCUAAUUUUGAAUCGAAUAUCGGAGGCACUAACUCCAUACUCCAAUGGUGCUAACUAUUGCCUCCCGCGAUGUUUCAUAACAUUCAACAACACACAUCCUGUGAAAGGACAGUGAAUUGGGCAGCAUCUGCGGAGAGUGACCCUCCAUCUUCCGCACAUAGAUCCUGCCCGACUGUCUGAAUUCCUCCAACAGGUUGUGUGCAGCUCUCAAUUCCAGCGUCUGUAGCCUCUAAUGCCAGUCAGGGCCGGAGUUGCGGCUCUUUAACUGAAGCCAGCUUCACUUUCAGCUCAGGCGUGAUGUGCCACUGCUCCACUGGCCGGGUUUGCACACUGCAUCGAUCUAUUAGCUGCCCAAGCGGAUUUAUCGAUGCUUUGAGUUUCCAUUACAUCGCCAUGGAAGUGGAAUCAAUGCAGUGGGCAUCCCUCACUGGAGGACUUGUACGUGGAGUAGUCGCUCCUUGCCCCUCUGAGAAAGACUUCAUCACGGUCGGUGCCCGCCCCUCAACCUCAACAGGAGGACUUAUCGAUGCGGUCGGUGAAUGGCUGGGAAGUACUGGAGGACAUCGAUGCGAUCUGUGAUCAGAUAGGUGGCACUGGAGAAUUCAUCGAUGAGGUCGGUAAACGGUUGCGCGUCACUGGACGACCGAGAAGAUGGCGGCGGUUGCUGAGGAAUCGGAGCAGAGCCUGGCCUGGUACUUGGAAAGAAUGGGCGGUGAGGAAGCGGGGCAGCGGCUGAAACUGCAGCCGGGGACAGAGGUGACGGUCGGGCGAGGUUUGGGCGUCACCCACCGCCUCUUGGCCAAGACCUGUCCUCUGAUGAUCUCCCGCAACCAUUGCUCCUUCUUCCUGAGCUCGGAGGGAGUGUGCACCGUCACAGACAACCAGAGUUUGAAUGGCGUGUGGGUGAACGGAGUGCGGCUGGAGCCCCUGCAGCCCUGGGAGUUGGUCGAGGGUGACGUGGUGCAGCUGGGGGUACCGGUGGAGCAGCAGGAGAGAGCCGAGUAUGAGUACUGCCUGGUGCGCCGGAGUCCAGCUACGUCGGGCACAGGCAGCAGUGCCAAGCGGAAACUGGGUUGCGAGGAUUCUCUGACUGGAGUCCCACAGAGAGCUGAGGGGAGCAGCAAACUGCAGCGGCUUGGGGAGAACACACACCGGCCCAACAUGGUGCAGCAGAGACUGGCAGCGAGUGCGCAGAGUCGGGAAGACGCGGCACAACCUGGCACCAGCAGCCAGUCCCCAACCUCCUCCUGCACCAACAUCCGUCAUGGAGACCAGAAUAGGGAUCAAGGGUCAACACACGGACACCGGGAACAGGGACUCCCAAUGGACAAGGAGCAGACACACAGAGACCAGGAUCAGGAACUCUUGACGGAUUGGGAACAGACACAGGGACACUGUGAUCAAAAAUUUCCAACGAACCGGGACCCAACUCUCGGAGACCGGGAACAGGAUCGGAGAUGCCUGAUAAAUCAGGAGCCAACAGAUGGAGACCGGGAACAGCAAUGUCUCACAAAGGAGCAACAGCCACAGGCCGGGGUGGGGGUCGACGUUGCGGAGACACGGAUCAGUGAGGUGCUGGAGAAUGAGCUGCAGUGUAUCAUCUGUUCCGAGUACUUCAUCCAGGCGGUGACCCUAGGGUGCUCCCACUCCUUCUGCCGGUUGUGUAUCAGGGAGUGGGGGCGCCGGCGGGCUGAAUGCCCCAUUUGCCGGAAGCCCAUUGAGUGGCAGACGCCGUCAGUGGUGCUGGACAGCUGCAUCGAGACGAUGGUGUCUAGUCUAGGCGAGGCAGCCAGGAGGCAGCGGCAGCAGUUACUGCAAGCCCGCAUGGGUGAGUGCAGUGUUGCUGGCAGACGGAGGGCGUGGACCCAGUGGGGGAGGUGAGAGCCCUGCCUUACCUCCAGACAGCCCACCUCCACUCAUCCCUGAGAAUUCAGAGUCCAGGCCCACGGAUAGCAGAGACCAGCAGACCCAGCAGACCCACCUGUGACCAGCAGUGGCUGGGGAGCAGCGGAGACUGGCGGUUCCACCUGAAAUUGUGUGUGUGUGAGAGUGAGAGAGAGUGUUGUGUGUGUGAGAGUGUGUGUAAGACAACUCCAGGGGUAUGACCACUUGGGGUUGUGGGGGGAGAUGGUGUUGCAGAGGGCUGCGGCAUUGUUAAAUAAAGGCUCACAGAGACAAUCUCAUGUGGUAUUUCGGUAAUGGAGGGAUGGUGUAGGUAGUGAAGUGGGAAGGAGUAAUGGAGGGAUGGUGUAGGGAGUGAAGUGGGAAUGGGUAAUGGAGGUGGUUU